CUCUUGCAAAUUGCAUCUUGGGAAACGGCUUUCGGGUCCUCGCCGCCGGCUGCCGCUGCCGUCGGCGGCGGCCGCCACCACCGGUCCGUGUACUUGCGCAUGCGGUGCGCAUACUUCGCCAUGACCACGCCGCCGCUACCUUCCUCCAAAGCGCCCGCGAACCCCACCCGCCUGCCACCAUCGCGUUCCAUAUGCCUACGCCACGCACCUCGCCAACCUUAGCGCGCCUCUCCCGCAUGCUCCUCGACGGUUGCCACGAUCGCCCCCAAGAUGGCCUACUCGGUCUCGGACGACUCCCUGCAUCGACCCUGCGCGGCUGCGCUUAUGGGCAUGGGGGAGCCACAGCUGCGCUCAUGCUGUUCGACGAAAUGCCAGACCGCGCCUCCGCCGUGCGUCACGUUAGAGGCGAUGCCUAUUUGCUCGGAAAAGAUGGGACCGACCAAGUCCGACCACUGGAAGACGAACUCAGUUUGUUCGAUGGAGUGGCCUGGAGGAGUCCAUCUGCUGGCAUGGAAUGCCAUCAUGAGGAUGCAGUCGCAUGCUUAGGAGUCCAUCUGCAGAUCUGCCUGUAUGGAACUCAGUUUGCUCGAUGCAGUCACAGCCAUCAUGAGAAUGCAUUGCGUUCAAGCACAAUGGGGUGGCCGUCGUGUUGACUGCAAGUGUGCCUGGCUGCCUACCACCUUGGAGGAUGCAAUCGCAGGCUUAGGUCCUCUGCCUGACCUACAUCACCUUCCCUGGGUUGUUCAAUGCGUACAUCUGCCAUUCUGUGUUAUUUGUCUCCUGCAUUUUUCUCAAGAAGAUUAUUCGGAGUAUUGGGGCCACUAUGCCAUGUUACCGAUAAUUGUUUUGUUCAUUUUUGUCAGUUACGGAUUAGUGAGCAUCACAGCUGAUUUGCAAAUUUGUGGCAUCAACAUCUGAAAAGAUUCUUGUAGGUAGUUCAAAACUCACCACGGUGUAACACAUGCCCUUCUCACAAUGGUCUGUAAGAAUGGUAGUUACCUUUGCAACGUGAUAUCAACAACCACUGGUCACCCUGUGUUCUACUUAGCAAGUCCAUGUGGAAGACUGGUGCUAAUGAAGCUUUUGUUGGUUGACUUAUCCUUUUCUUCCCAGUUGGCAUCAUACUUUGUCAUAAUAUGUGUUAUAGUAGCUGUGUUUUAUUGCUUCCUGAAGCAACUGGCAGAAUUUUCUGAUACAGACCAUCAAACAGUUCGGGAUCAAGAUGCAAGGAACAAUGAAACAGAACCAAUUCUACCAAGAAAAAGGGUGGUUUUCAGCUAUGGAGCGACGGAAGAGCAGCCUGAGUCGAGCAUGUGCUCUUCAGAAGAUAUGUGCAGUGAGAAUGUCUGCAAGAUCUGCUAUGAUGCUCCACGGAGUUGCUUCUUCAUACCCUGUGGCCAUGGUUUUGCAUGUUUUACAUGUGCAAGGAGGAUCGCGGAAGACAAAAAUCAGGCAUGCCCAAUUUGCCGAAGGCUGAUCCACAGAGUAAGGAGGCUGGUGGAGCCCUUAGGUUCGUCUUGUGGCCUGAAGGAUGCUUUGGACUAAGCAUGGAAUGUCGAUCACCUACCUGACGGAUUGACCGGAUGAGGAAGCUAGUAUUGAAGAUGGACUCAAUUAAUUUACGCCGGCUAUUGAAUCUUUUUGUUUCCUUUUUCUUGUGUAUGUUUAGGUAAAGACUUUCAGUAGUUCGUACUGCUUUCUUUCUCUGAUCCACUGUACGUUUCACACACUUGGAGACUGAUGCAUGAUAAUAGUAGUUCGUAUCGCAUU